UCCUCGCCGAGUGCCUCCGAUGCCGGCCGGACCGCGGGGGACCGGCCACUAACCCGGACCGGGGAACCUGCGCAUCCCGAACUGCUGAUGCAAAGAUCGAAAAGGAGGCUGAGCGACUUCACCUGCCGACCCACGCAGCACCAUGGACCAGCCUCUGACGGUGAAUUCUCUGAAAAAGUUAGCCGCCGGGCCGGACCACACGGACACAUCCCUGAGUCCGGAGGAACGUGUCCGGGCCCUGAGCAAGCUGGGAUGCAACAUCACCAUCAACGAAGACAUCACCCCGCGCCGCUACUUCCGAUCUGGGGUGGAGAUGGAGCGAAUGGCGUCCGUGUACCUGGAGGAGGGAAACUUGGAAAAUGCCUUUGUCCUCUAUAAUAAGUUUAUAACCCUGUUUGUAGAAAAGCUGCCCACUCACCGCGACUACCAGCAGUGCGCAAUCCCCGAGAAACAGGACAUCAUGAAGAAACUGAAGGAGAUUGCCUUUCCAAGGACAGAUGAAUUGAAAAAGGAUCUUUUAAAGAAAUACAACAUAGAAUACCAAGAAUGCUUACGGAGCAAAAACAAAUACAAAGCAGAUGUGCUCAGGAAGCUGGAGCACCAGCGGUUGAUAGAGGCGGAGAAGCAGCGGAUUGCGCAGAUGCGGCGGCAGCAGCUGGAGACCGAGCAGUUCAACUUCUUUGAGGAUCAGCUCCGGAAGCAGGAGCUGGCCCGAGACCAGCUGCGCAGCCAGGAGGCCCCGGUGCUGUCCGAGCAGACCUACGGCAAUGCCCUGCCUUGCUUCAGCCCCCACCAGAACAGUCACUCCCUCUUUUCCGAGCAAGCCACUAAAAACGAUGUGCCAACAUAUGCUGGCCAGUCGCCACCGGUGAACAGGGCAUUGAAGCCGGCCGCCACGCUGAGCGCUGUCCAGAACCUGGUGGUCGAGGGCCUGCGCUGUGUCCUGAUGCCCAAGGAUCUUUGUCACCGGUUCCUUCUCUUGGCUGAGUCAAACACAGUGAGGGGCAUAGAAACCUGUGGAAUUCUCUGUGGAAAACUGACGCACAACGAGUUUACAAUCACCCACGUCAUCGUGCCCAAGCAGUCGGCCGGCCCGGACUACUGCGACGUGGCCAAUGUGGAGGAGCUCUUCAGCAUUCAGGACCAGCACAGCCUCCUCACCCUGGGAUGGAUCCAUACGCACCCCACGCAGACGGCCUUCCUGUCCAGCGUGGACCUGCACACGCACUGCUCCUACCAGCUCAUGCUGCCAGAAGCCAUCGCCAUCGUCUGCUCGCCCAGACAUAACGAGACGGGCAUCUUCAGACUCACCAACGCCGGGAUGCUGGAGGUGUCGGCCUGCAAGAAGAAGGGCUUCCAUCCCCACACCAAGGACCCCAGGCUGUUCAGUCCGUGCAAGCACGUGGUGGGCCAGGACAUAAGCAUCACGGUGCUGGACCUGAGGUGACGAGCCCCAAAGACGGACGCCCCGGCCCUCACCGACGCGUGGCUGCCAGACUUUCUUAAGAAGUUUUCAGAACUGACGUUUUAUAUUUAUACAUUUUAGAUCAGAUGGUUUGAUAUUUAUUGCUUUCACACACUUUGCCGUUUUCUUUGGGGAAUGUUCCAACUCGAGACAGAACUCGUGGUGACGAUAAACUGGAAUCUCCCCGUGUACCAAAAAUAAUAAAUCGAGUUGCACCCAGCACCCUGUGGUUGGGAGUUCCGUGUGAGUCGCCAGGAGCUUGGCUGUUUUCACUGGGGUCGUGGAUUUAUCCCCCUCUCCCUGAGAGAGGGUAAAGCAAACAGUUAAAUGAAAUUUGAGUGAAUAUUUUCCCCUAAAAAGAGACAAUCAUCCAUAUUUAUGGACACCUGAGAGCGUGGGUUUAAUGAGAGAAGUGCAAACCUCAUCAAGAAAUGGGGUUCAAAGAGAAAUGAAGAGGGUAAGAGAAAAUGCUUGGAUGAAAUGGUAACGUCAGAUUCUGGAGAACCACAAUGUUAGCAGAUGAGGGGAAAGAGGAUGGAGAAGAGCAGACUGAGGAAAAUGCUGAUAGCCCCAGACAUAGGGAUAACCACACCCAGAGUAAGUUAUAGUUAGUCUAGCAAUCAUUUGGGAAGCAAUGAUUAAGCACCUACUAUGUUCCGGGCACUUCCACAUCACAACUUUCCCCACUGCAGUUUUGCUGUCACAAUUUGGCAGAAAAAAUUAUGUGGGAAUUUUUUUUUUGGGGGGGGGGGUUGCAAAAGCUGCAGAUGACCAGAAAAGGCCCCAGACGAUACCGAAAAAGCUCAGAAAUUCAGAAAUGUAUACAAUUUAUGUAUAAUAUUCUAUAAUAUCAACAUAUUUUAUCCUUUAAUACCAUAAUAAUUCAGAACUCUGGUAGGAAGGGAGGACAAAAAACUUUUAUGUGCAUUUUCCAGAUCGAGGGGACUCUACACCUGUAACUCCCACAAGGUGGAAGGGACAACUGUAAUUAGCAAGGUCGCCUUUCAUUUUAAAUUUAAAAUUUUAAAAUUUUAAAUUUAAUUUUAAAACAAGCAGGUAAAUAGGAGCUCAGAGCUACCCCCAAAACUUGAUGAAAUAGGACGUAGGAAUAGCAUAUGAUAAUGGAAGAGGAUUCCAUGUUCUGGGAAAACAAACAAA